CGGCGCGCGGCAGUGUUUUAUCGCGGCUCGGCGUGUGAACCACGCCGGCCGCCGAACGCAUCGCAGCUAACUUAGUUAAAGCUCGCCGUCUGCGCGGCUAUUAUUAUUUUCUCUCUCGCCGCAGAUUCGUUUGCGCGAUUUACGAGCCAGCGAAUGACGAGGCCCGCGACCUGAAUGCUGAUUCGCGCCGAUCACGCCCUGGUCACAUAGACGCUUAUUAUUAUUGUGCGGCCGUGCUCGGUGGCGUCCGUGGGACCCUUGCCAGAAUUCACUCCUGGCCACGAUACCAUCGGAAAGGAGGUGCAAGGCGCGCGGCCAGUUUCUUUCUGAAGACGCAAUUGAAAAGUAGUGCUUAUUUUGUGCGUGCGUGAUGAAAGCUUUGGGUUUGAUGUCGUCCGUCUGACUUAAUUCACUUAAAAACACACACUCAGGUUUUCCAAGAUGAAGACCCUGACACCUGAAGAGAAAAUCGGUGACGUUGAGGGUUGGGUGCGCGUUUUCGCGGGGCCCGAGUGCUCCAAAUCGUUAGCUGAGGACGACCACGGCACCCUGGUGUCCGUGCAGACGCUGACCACGAGCGGCGACAUCUGCAGACGCUUCCUCGGCAUGUCUCCUGACGCGACCCUGUGGGCGCAGUACGGUGCGGGGCCCAGCUGGAGACUCACCUCGUCCGAGGCUCCGCUGCUGCUGCAGGAGCUUUUCCUGCGAGCGCUUGGAUACGACGACCCAGAGCGCAGGAAACGCAUGGGAAUUGACCCUGAACUCAGGCACCUUCUCAGAUUCCACACGGGGCCUGCUGAGCCUCAGGGUCCCAUGCCUUCGUUGCUUGGCUUUCCCAGAGCAGCUCGGUUAUUCGUGUUGAAAGGUCUCGUGGUGCCUCGGUGGAGAAGACGCGCAAUCGCCCUCCUCGGUUCGCGACUCCUCCUUUUCCCAGAUGCUGGAGCGGAUCCAGAAUUGGAACUGGAGUUGACAGGCGGACGUGUGGAGGCGCAGGUGCCGCGGGGAGGGUGCCUAGUGCUCAGGGUCGUCCCCUGCGAGCAGGAGAUUGGUACCAACAACCUCUCUGGAGCCGCGGCAAACAACAAGGUCGCUGCCGGCAACAAGCAGCAGCAGCAGGCGCUCUUCCUUGGCUUCCAGGGCGAAACCGAGCGUGACCUGUGGCUGGCUUGGCUGACCAAGGCGUGCGACCCGCAGCAGCAGCAGCAGCAACAGCAGGAUCUGUCUGCCGAGGACAUCUCUCCGCAGGAUUUGACCGCAGAGUCGCGUUUGUGCCUCGCCCGCAGCGGCCUCCGCAGCCUGCCGGCGCAGCUGCUCUGCGGACCGCGGCUCACGGUGCUCGACAUCAGGGAUAACCUGCUCACCGAACUGCCCAAUGACAUUUGGAGGCUCAAAGGUUUGCAAGAAAUGCGAUUGGAUAGAAACGCCCUGCGGGAAUUGCCAGAUGGCCUGGUGCAGCUGCACGAUUUGCACACCCUUUCGGCUGCGCAAAACCGGAUCACCACCCUUCCAGCCGGACUCUUGGGCCACAUGGAAGCGCUCAGAUCACUCACUCUCAACAGCAAUUUGCUUGAAGCCGCCGCUGUGAGUGCAGCGGCCCAAAAGCCCAUCCGCGAAAAUGGCCAUGCGAAUGAAGGGGAUGGAGUAGAAUCGUUGGGGCCCCUCAGUCACGUCGAUCUGAGGGGCAACUCGCUGUGCGGCUCGAUUGUUUUGGCGGACUAUGGAGCGUUGACCUCUCUAGACGUAAGUUUCAACAAAGUACAAAGCCUGGACUUGGCUGCCCUGGAGCAACUGCGGCGGUUGCAUUGUGCCAGCAAUGAGUUGCGGCACUUGGCUCUUAGCGGCAGGAGCUUGGAAGUGUUGGUUGCGCCAAAUAACAAAUUGCAGAUGGUUCAAGUCGAGCCGCCACCAUCAAGACUGCAAGAGCUUGAUCUUUCAAGAAACGAGCUGACGAUGAUGCCGUCAUGGUUAGUUGAGUGCCGCGGCUUAUCUAGCAUUGAUGUCUCUCACAACCAACUUACAUCACUGCCAGAAGUCGUGUUUCUCUUGCCGCAUUUGCACACGAUGCAGGCAGGGCACAAUUCCCUACGGAGUCUGCCCACGAUUCAGAACGCAAAUCUUUCCCUGCAAAUUCUGCGCCUCCAGAGCAAUGCUCUCACUGCUCUUCCUCCGCACCUGCUCAACUGUUGCAAUAGGUUAGUUGAGCUGAACUUAAGUAGCAACAGACUGAUGGUGAUUUUCGACGACACUGGCAGCCAGUUGAAAGCUCUCCGCCGCCUGAUGGCCUCCUACAACCAACUCGGCGACGCUGCGCUCCGUCAAAUCGCGCGUUUGCCCAAUCUGAAAGCUCUUCACCUGGCUUAUAACAGAAUCACGCAAAUCCCUGCCAUAUGCAUCGAUUCUUGGUCAGAGAUUCAGGAAUUGGUGCUCUCCGGCAAUCACUUGAUCUCGCUGCCAGAGAGCAUUACGAGCUUGAGGAAGCUGCAAGUUCUGCGCAUGCACUCGAAUCAAAUAAGGAGUUGUCCUACCGUGAAUCAAAUGCUUUCGCUUAAGGUUUUAGAUUUAUCGCACAACAAAUUGGAACAAAUAGAUCUGGCCCGCUUGGCUCCACCAGGUCUGCAAUGCCUCGAUAUCAGCUGCAACCACAGACUCCACGUCGAUCCUAGCCACUUCAAUCAGUACAGGUCGAAACGCGCUAUGAGUUUGGUAGACACGAGCGGCCAAAACAGGAGCUGCCUCCCAAUGUCCCCGUACCACGAGGCCGCUGCCCUCGAGCUUCCCUGGACACUAGGGUUUGCAGACGGAGGCGCCUGGUCUAGAUUUCCAAUAUGCCAACUGCGCCUGCCAGCCUUCUGCAACACAGAAGCUCUGCUAGGAAUUUUUGAAGGGAGUGGCGCGUCCGGGCCGGAAGUUGCGAAACUGCUGGCACAAUCCGUGCCCAGGCUGCUGUUGGAAGAGAGGACCCUGCCCGAUACAGCGCACGAAUACAUGAAGUACACGAUUCUGUCGGCCCACAGAGAGUUGCGUCAAAAGGGCCAGCUGAGCGGUGCAAACGCGGUCAUGUGCCACAUCUCGCGGCCGUCGCCUGCCAAGCCGUACAUCUUGCGGGUGGCAAGCGUCGGCCCGCAGGGCGUACUCCUCGCCCGAAUCGGCGGCUCGUGCGCGCGCCUUACCAAGUCGGCGCCUCACUCGGAGCCAAACAGGGUGCUUGGCCAGUCGGCCGAAUUUCCACUCGUCAUUCCUGACCCCUUCGUCACCGAGGUCAUCCUCGGAGAGACCGAUCAGUUUAUCAUCGGCGCCUCUGAGAGGUUUUGGGAGUAUGUGCCAGAAGAAGAGGCAGUCCGAGAAGUGGCAGCUUCGCUUGGAACUUCUCGCGGCAGCAAAGAGGCUAACACUGCCGCCAAAAGAUUGGUGGACCUGGCCCAAGGUUACGGCUGCACCAACUCGAUCAGCGUGAUGGUUUUGAGUUUGCUCGGUGAGGGUCUCAGACCAUCAAGCCAAAGCGUCAGAGUUGUUACUCCAGGCGAAGCAUUCCUAGCCCAAGCGAGAUCAUCGCCGAGCGGUCAGAGUGCAGAGGACGACCCUCAUUUGGAGCACCUAAGCAGUGCAAGCAGUUCACACAGCGUGCCCUUGUCGAGAUUCGCCACGCUGCCAGGAUUUUCUGACAUGGGCGGAGACGCCGAGGACGAGUGGACAGACACAGGAUCUUGCGCGGCAACCUCCGCAGGACCGGAGCAGCUCAGGUGCUGGGAAUACAUGCUGGAGAAAAACAGCCGGGUGCUCUUCGACAGAGACUUGCAGGCCCUGCGGCCCACUCUACCAAGGGUGGGGAAAGGCGGAUCGGACAUUUCAAGCCUGAAAGGAUCUCUGCGCAACAGGGUGAUGUAUACCGGCCACAACGCCGCGUACUUUGGCUCAUUGCAACGCCUACUGCCAACGUUGACGAAGGAAACGGCAAGAAAGUCACCUGGGUUUAUAAGAGCCCCUUCAGCCGAGAUGCUGCAGUAUGUGCCAGAGGAGGACUUUGGGGAGAUGGACCCUUUGCAGUGCGGCAGAAUGCAGCGAUAUUGGGGGGUUGCCACGACUGAACUGUGAUGUACAAUAGUGGACUAUUAAUUAUAAUAUUAUUUUUUUCCUCGUCAAGGAAAUAGCAAUUGCUGGCCCACAAUUCCCAAGCAAUUUUCUUCCGGUAGUUUGAUAUCAAAAUAAAGAUGACAGAAUUAAAAAAAUUGAAAA